AUGGGCUUCCUUAAGACUAUUGCUCUCAAUUUGGAUGCUUUAAUCGGCCCUGGAAUGAUGCUUCUCUACCCUUUAUAUGCAUCAAUGAGAGCUAUUGAAAGCCCUUCACCACUUGAUGAUCAACAAUGGCUCACUUAUUGGGUUUUGUAUUCAUUGAUCACUCUUUUUGAGCUCUCUUUCUAUAAAGUUCUAGUAUGGUUUCCUUUGUGGCCAUACCUGAAGCUUCUCUUCUGCAUGUGGCUGGUUUUGCCAAUCUUCAAUGGCGCUGCUUUCCUCUACGAGAAUUACGUGAGGAAAUAUGUCAGAAUUGGAAGCUAUGUGAGCUCAAACUACAGCGCGGAGCAGCGAAGGGCGAUACAGCUGAUGAGCCUCGACGCGAGGAAGGCCGUCGAGCGCUACAUCGAGCGGUAUGGCCCCGAGGCCUUUGACAGAGUCAUCGACGCGGCUGAGAAGGAAGCAAGGAAGCAUUGA